AUGAUCUUGUGGUAUACGGAGACUGUACAGUGCGUCCUGUUCCUCCUAGUGCUCGGAGUAUUUGGACAGGAAGGAUCAAUAUCAGAUCAGCAAGAUGAGCUGAUCGAGGGACGUUUUCUAAAGGAGAAAUUAUGUGAACUUGGAUUAAUGGAUUGCGGAGACAGGUUGGACUCUUUAAAGUACGUUCAACCUGUACAAGUAGUUCCUAUCGGAGACCCUGUUCCUGCUCUAACCCUGGACCAGCAGUAUAUACCAUCCUUUACAUAUUCUAAUAAAAGAUCCAGUUUGUCCGCUCCUAAAUCAAGUUACGGAGCCCCUUCUUCAUCAUAUGGAGCUCCGAUUCCAUCCUAUGGAGCCCCAAGUCCAUCCUAUGGAGCCCCAAGUCCAUCCUAUGGAGCUCCGUCUGCGUCCUACGGAACACCUAAAGCACGACCUGUAUACAAAAAGCCCUCUACUAGCUCCUCUUAUCGAGCUCCAGCUGUUGGUUCAACAUAUUCUGCUCCUAGUCCUGGAUACAGUUUAGGUUCAAUCUCGUCUUCUAAAGCUAGUAUUGGAGCAACACAAUCAUUUGUUUCCGAUUCCUCCAACUCUAAUGGAUUCAACCAAGAGCUAAGCAGCAGUUUCACGUCGCAGACAAGAUCAGUGCGGGAAGGAAGGAUUGAUGAAUGCUAUUGUGUUUCAGCAGCGUUGUGUCCUAGGAACCUAGUGGUAAGAGUACAGAACCUAGUACCUGGAGCACUAAACCUUGUACCUGGAGCACUAAACCGAGAUUAUGGUUCUCUUAUAGAUCCAAGGGUGAAGAAUACAAACUCAAACAUUUCUGCAGAAGGAAACAUAGAAAACUCCGAGCUGAGAGAUGGACUAGGAGAUGAUUCCGUAGGACAGGUUCGCCAGAGAAGAGAAGAUAUUGUUGCAGAGGAGAGGUCUUAUGCUGGUGAACCCUUCGGACCUACAGGAUACCGUCCUCCCACGUGUGGAGGACCAAACUCAGGUUAUGUUUGCUGUAGAAUACAGGACGGAAUUGAUUAUAAUGAACUCUACAACACAGACUCAGCAAUCAGAGAUACAAGACAGCAACCAAACCAGGUGGACGGGUCCGGUGGGUUCAGUAGGUUCGGACAAUGUGGACGGAGGAACGCACAAUCAACAGCUCAGAGGAUAAAUAAUCCUAGUUUUCAGUUCCAGGAGGGGGAUGCAGAGUUCGGAGAGUAUCCCUGGCAAGCUGCUCUAUUGAAGAAGGAAGAAUAUGAUAAUGUUUAUGUACAGGAGAGUAUCCCUGGAAAGCUGCUCUAUUGAAGAAGGAAGAAUAUGAUAAUGUUUAUGUACAGGAGAGUAUCCCUGGCAAGCUGCUCUAUUGAAGAAGGAAGAAUAUUAUAAUGUUUAUGUACAGGAGAGUAU